CGGCAAACAAGUUCAUUAAAAUCAUUAGCAUACCCACUAGAACUAACCUGUAAAACUUGUAGUCGGUUGCAUUUUAUCAGUCUACCCAUUUCGUUCGAAAAAUUUGCUGUGUCAAGUCGUAGCGUAAAAUGAAAUCUUUCAUAGAAUACUCGUCAGAUUCAGAUUUUCCAAUCGAAAAUUUACCGUACGGUGUGUUUACGUCUGAUAAAAAUGCCCAAAAACACAUCGGCGUGGCGAUUGGAGAAUGGAUCUUAGAUUUGAAUAUUAUUUCACAUUUAUUCGAUGGCCCGCUACUUAAAAGCAAGCAAAAUGUAUUCAAGGAAGAGAAAUUAAAUGCGUUUAUGGCACUGACCAAACCUCACUGGAUCGAGGCAAGGGAAACUUUACAGAAAUUGCUAGACGUUUCUAGUCCUGCGUUGCAAAACAAUGCCGAACUACGUGAAAAGGCCUUCGUGAAGCAAACGAACGUUCAAAUGCACGUGCCUGUUGAAGUCGGAGAUUACACAGACUUCUAUUCGUCGCUGCAGCACGCUACCAACGUAGGCAUAAUGUUCAGGGGAAAGGAGGCCGCUCUGUUCGAGAACUGGAAACAUCUACCGGUGGGUUAUCAUGGACGUUCCAGUUCUAUAGUGAUCUCUGGCACACCUAUCCACAGGCCUUAUGGACAGACCUUGCCUGUCGAAGGUGCGGCGCCCCACUUCGGUCCCUGCAAACUGAUGGACUUCGAACUGGAGGUGGGCGCGUUUGUCGGAGGGCCCCCCACACAACUGGGCGAGAGGGUCUGCGCCAAAGAUGCCGAAGACAAAAUUUUUGGUUUCGUGCUUUUGAACGAUUGGAGUGCACGUGACAUCCAGAAGUGGGAGUACAUACCUCUCGGGCCGUUCACAGCCAAGAACCUCGGCAGCACCAUCUCGCCGUGGAUAGUGACCUUAGAGGCACUGCGUCCGUUCAUCGUCGACAACUUCCCUCAGGACCCGACUCCGUUCCCCUACUUGAAACACGACGAUAAAUUCAAUUUCGACAUCAAACUGGAAGUGGACAUUCAAACUGAAAAGUCCCCGGUGGUGACCACCGUUUGCCGUUCGAACUAUCGGUACAUGUAUUGGACGGUGAAACAGCAACUGGCGCAGCAGACUGUCACGGGCUGCAACCUCAGACCGGGAGACUUGCUCGGCUCGGGCACCAUCAGCGGGGAGGCGGCGGACUCUUUCGGAAGCAUGUUGGAAUUGUCCUGGAAGGGCACCAAGCCCGUUCGCCUUUCGACUGGUGAGGAGAGGAAAUUCAUACAGGACGGAGACACGGUCACAUUGCGCGGCCACUGCCUCAACGCGACCGGACUCAGAAUAGGGUUCGGGAGAUGCGAGGGGAAACUAUUACCGGCCAUACCUUUCCAAGAAUGAAAUAUAUAUAUCGACAAGUGAAAGGGCUAUUUAACCCUUUGACUGUGAUGAAGGUCACCUAUCCCCUACAAAAGUAAAUGUUGUGUAUUAAAAGAAAUAUCGCUUGAACAAAAUAUCCUUUCACCCCUCGAUUAUAUUAUUAUUAUUAUUUUUAUUCGAGAGAUUUCUCGACUUUAUUGCGAGUUGUAAAUCGUUAAAUUUUCUAAUAAAAUUUUUUUUUUU